CGGGCACCUUCAUGCUGUUUGGGUUGCUGCUGCUCUUCCACAUUCGGACGGUCUUGGCGCAGAUGUUGGCGCGGAAGAACCACAGCUCGCGGUCUAUCCUGAGUAAAAACACAGCCGACGCCGCCCCAUAGUCAAGUUAGGAACUCAUGAUCUGCACGCAGAAGUUUUUUUCAUUGGGAUUCACGCACAGGCACAACAAGUUCUUUUGCCCUAUAGCGUAGUGCAGGGUAGCAUCAAGAUUCAAUAAGGAAAGCCGCAUCACAUGAUUAUACCCCUGCGCGUAGUUGUAUCCUGUUUACAGCAUCACAAAUGUCGCCGAAAGACGACUAGAAAUGCCCCUGUUUAGGGGAAUUUACAUUUUUACGAAGUUGUGUGCUGCCCAUAGUAGAUGGAAUAAACACUGCAUGACAUCAAAAACUCUGGCACCACGGGGACGUCGUUUUUACACAGGAUACGUCCAUUGCGGACCUCGGACUACUCACACGUGCUGAAGCAGAUCGCGGGAGCGGCGACCUUCAUCCUGAUCGGGUUGCAGUUGAUUGUGUUGUCCAUCCCAGUCGCGAUCUUGUCGCUCCAGGCCGGCACGGAUUUUUACAUCUUCCGCUGGUUCAUGCUGGGCAUUUGGUGCGUCAUCUACUUCUUGCUCAUCUCUCGGGUGCAGAACUUGCUCUACGACACGAACCCGCUUGCUCUGUACCACUACAGCUACUGGGCCAACUUGGACUUCAUCGGAUACCUGAUCCGGUUGUUGUUUGUCAACGAGGACAAACUGCGAGAGAAGUGCGUGUAUCCUCUGAAAAAGCAUCUUCGCAGGCAUAAGUUACGAAACAUGUGCAGUCUUGCAUGAGUGAUAUGUUGAUAUUUUCCCGGAAUAGGCAUGGCAGAUUUCACUAUCAUUUUUUCUUCUAAAGAAAAUUUCUCAUGCAAUUUCUACUAUUCCUAUACCUACGGUGUUUGCGAUGUUAUUUUUGCAAAAAUGCAUAGUGUGAACCAGCUCCGGGAGUACCUGGGGCACGACCUGGCGCACACGGAGGACACGAAAUAUUUCUUUCUGGAGUACUGCCUAUGCCACAGAAACUAAGUACACCCAUAGCAGCUACCAGAAGAAGAAUGAAUCUGUGUUUAUUGAUUUUAGUGCCACAAUAAAAUCAAAAUCAAAGAAGAUACAGAUCGCGGGCAGGACAGACUUCUUCGGCUCUCACCUCGCUAGUCGCUAACUAGCAGUGCAAACUGCAUUCUCCUUCACAGAAAAUGACCUUCCUGUGGGAGUCUCCGCAUCACAAGGUGAAAGGAUUUUAUUAGCAGCGCAAAUUCAUUUAGUUUCUCUUUCUGGCAUGGAUCAUGGGUGUACCUUAACUUUUCCGUAGGAUCAUGCCCGCACCUGCUCGAGUCCUGGGUGGCCGACGUGCAGCGGGUCGAAAUGCAGGAGUUUUCGGAUGGGGGACCAACGGUGGAAAACAAGCGAACUAAGAAGGCGUCCGAAAUUAUCAAAUGUAAAAAUGUCUGGGUCUGGAAGAUUCUGACACUUGUCAUGCACGUUUUGCAUGAGCAAUGAUGUCCGUGAUGCAUACCGGAGCAAUACAGAUUUUUUGAGGGCUUCUUGAUGCCUAUUCCGCAUGGAAAAUGCCUUCUCAGCGUAGCAAAAAUUGCAUUCCCUUUGCUACUCAUGCAAUACAGAUUUUUUUGGAAUCCAAAUGCAGCAUCACAAGUUGCAUUCUUCCAGACCCAGACAUUUUUGCAAUCCAUAGAAAUAGCGGCACACAUCAAAAUGAGCUGCCGCGAAGAUGAACGGACGCCUGGCGAUAAAAGUAGAAACAAGUCCAACGACUGCUCCCCAGAAGAUGAUAAGGCCAGCAGGGCGGGAAGUUGUAUAGAUUCCUGUUCAUCAUCAUCUGCAGGUCCAACCCGCGAGACCACCAGAAGUUGUACCACAGCUGGGGACGGCCAGCAGGAGGGGGACGAGGAGGAGGAACAUCUCGCCAGUUCCUGUACCGAGCCGUUGCUUUUGGAAAAUAAAGCAAAUUGCUCCGAGCACGUUGAUCUGCCGGAGGACGAGAAGAAAAGACUGAAAGAACCCCUACUUUUUGUCGACGGGGUCCUCGCCGAGAAGACAUCAGCCGCGCGGCAAGAACUACUAGUACACGACCAUGAUGUGCCACAGGAACAUCAAUUGCGGCCCGAGCGGGAGUCGUCCUCAAUUGUUACAACAAGUAGAAAAACAUUGUCAACUCCCUCUGGAACAAGGAUCCAUCGCCAAGGCACGACCGCCUCAAUUGUUGACCGCGAAAUGUUGCACGGGGUCCGCGAGGCGAUGAUGCGAGAACACCACGGAGAAGGUCUUAUCACUGGCGGAAGAAACUGUUCUAGUCCACAGCCGCAUGACGUUGACCAUUUCUCUGCUCCAACUGCACAGCAGGGCAAUUUUUCGAAUUCCACAGCGAUCAAAAGUUCCACUCCUGAAGCCGGAACUACAUCAAACAGCUGCGAAGUUGUAGAUGUAGUUUCUACUACGAGGACCACUGCCCUGCCAGGAGGACCGGCUGUAGCUGCUGCGCGAAGUCGUGAAACCGCCGAUGCUCCGGCGGGUGAUGGUGGUGGUGGUGGCUUUGCGGCGCCUGUAGUUUUGGAUGCUUCCAGGAGCAGUUGUGCUAGUUCUGGUUCUACUGACUCCACACCACGGAGGACGGUGAGCUGCACGGGAACCGCUUCAGGAGCCAGGAACUCCACUGAGGGAGUACAACGAGCAGCAGGAGGAGGAGGACAGCCUCAACCUCAACCGCAGCAGGAGCAAUAUUCUCUAACGGCAUUUUUAGCGGCGCACCACCCGGACGUCUUGCCGUAGCAAGGUUUUGAGGAUAUGGUGCUGCGGAAAAGAUUGUUGUUUGAGAUUUCUCUGGCGGAACUGCAAUGGAGAGGUCGAAAAGACGAGAAAUAAGUACUUGAAAUAAACCACGAAAGGAACGAAUCCGCUGGUCCACAAUGGUGGUUCCCUAACUAUUGAAGAUUCUUAGAGCUGCUGCCCCUCGAGGGUGUGAGUGAAAUGCGGUCAAUGAUGAAAGCGAAUCCGAAACAUUUCGAGAAGGUCAAAGUAGACCACAAUCAUGCUGGAAUUGGAAAGAAUAAAGCGACAGGCGGCAAAAUGAGGCAAAGGAAUUGAGAGACACUG